UCCCUCACACCUUCCCCCGGCCCCGGACGAGCUCAGGCUGGACCGGCAACCUGCUGCUGCUGCUGCUGCUCCUCUGCCCCUGCCGUGCCCUGCGCUGCGCUGCUCGCCUGCGCCAUCCGGGUUGAGUUUUCUCCAACCCUGGGCUUGUCUCGUCUCAAUCUCUCCCUCGCCAGGAGCAGGACGAGGACGACGAGGUCUCGACUGUCGGUCUGAGCUGAGAUCCCAUCUCUCCUCGAUACUGGACUCGAGCUCGAAACAGAAAGGUUCACGUCCCGUGGUAGGAUUGCGCUGCUCGCGGAGGGUCGAUCGAUCGAUCGACGCAGAGGAAACAGGACAAGGGGAGACGCGAAGAUGGAUCGCUCGGUGAUUUCGGGUAGGAAGAUCGCGGCGGUCCAGGCAGUGGCGCUGGUGGCAUUGGCAGUGUGUCUCGUGAAUCAGGUGGCGGCGGAGGCCCGAUCGCUGGCCCAGGUGACGGAGGGCGAGCCCAUCGCGUGGGUGCCGUCGGGGGCCAAAUUCCUGGUGCCCGAGCCGCCGUUGAUUCUGACAUACCACAACGGGCCCAUCCUGGCCGGGGUGGGCAAGGUGCCCGUGUAUGUGAUCUGGUAUGGGAAUUUCAGCGAGCCGCAGAAGAUGAUGGUGCGGGAUUUCUUCUCGUCGACGGGGGACGCGAAUUGCCCAGCUCCGAGCGUGAACUCGUGGUGGAAGAUGACGGGCGGCUACAAGAAUUUGGAGGGCGUCUCGGUGCCGCAGGCCGUGACGUUGGAGGCGGAGAUUUGCGACUUCGGGUGCAGUCACGGCAAGACGCUCUCGUCGGCCGAUAUCGAGACGAUCGUCGUGAAUUCCUUGAGCACCUUCCCCAGCGACGCCAACGCGCUGUACAUGAUCUUCACGUCGCACGACGUGGUGGUCGCCGACUUCUGCACCAGCCAGUGCGGCUCGCACUACGCGACGCCGGCGCUGAACGCCACCGGCGGCAAGCAGCUGCCCUACGCCUGGGUCGGAAACCCGGAGUCGCAGUGCGCCGGCAAGUGUGCCUGGCCCUUCGCCAAGCCGGAGUACGGGCCCGCCGACACUCCCCUCUUGCCGCCGAACGGCGACAUCGGAAUGGACGGCAUGAUCAUCAACAUUGCGGCCAUCAUGGCCGGGACUGUCACCAACCCCUUCAACAGCGGAUUCUAUCAGGGUGAUGGCGCUGCCCCUCUCGAAGCAGCCACAGCUUGCACAGGAAUGUUCGGAGCCGGGGCUUACUCUGGCUAUGCGGGCCAGCUUCUGCACGACGAGGUCACAGGCGAUAGUUACAAUGCCAAGGGGAUCAACAACCGCAAGUUCCUGCUCCCUGCUCUCUGGGAUCCUGUUUCCCUCAAUUGUACACCUCCCCCCUCCUCGUAAUUGGUGCGGCCGCGACGGACGAGCAGUGGAUUCAGCUCAGAGCUCAGUGUUGUACAUAGCGCACAGUAGAAUGUAGAAACUAGAUCCUGCGAGAUGAUGUUCCUCUCGAAACAUAACAGGCAUCCUCGGAUCACAAUUUUGUACUGCGGGUCCACAUUGGAUCAGUGAAACUACCGAAAUACAAUUGGAUUGGUUCAUUUGACGAACCAUUCUUCUAGCU